CCAAAACUUAUUCCCAGCCCAUAGCCCAGACUAAUGAACUAACCUGCGCGCAGAGAAGAAAGAAAAGCGAAGAACGAAGACUGCGGCAGAGCGUGCGACGGAGAAGGCGAGAACGGAGAACCUGUGAGCUGCGACCCUGCGACGAAGACGAGAAAACCAAGACACCAUCCACGCCUUGUUCCGACGUCCACGCCGUGAUUUCGCCGUCCAGCGUCCUUCGACCCCUUUCUCUCUGGCUCUGCCUCCAGCUCUGGCGCAGAAGCAGUCAUCCAUGGACAAUCAAGAGCCCCAGUUGGAUGCUUUGGGAUCACUAUCCUUGCACUCCUCAUCCUCUAGCCCGUGCAAUUCCGAGUCCCAGAUGAGUUUGGAGGAGAGAUUUGAUGUUGUUAGGAGCAUAGGGGAAGAGUGUAUCCAGGAAGAAGAGUUAAAGAAUCUGUUGGCGAAUAAGCCUCAGCCAAUAUGCUAUGAUGGAUUUGAACCCUCUGGUCGGAUGCACAUUGCUCAGGGUGUUAUGAAGACAAUUAACGUUAACAAGUUGGUAUCUUCGGGCUGUAAAGUAAAGAUUUGGAUUGCAGAUUGGUUUGCUCAACUAAACAACAAAAUGGGCGGGGACUUGAAGAAAAUUCAAGUUGUUGGUCAGUAUCUGAUUGAGAUAUGGAAAGCUGUGGGAAUGAAUCUGGAGAGUAACAAAAUUGAGUUUUUAUGGUCCUCUGAAGAGAUCAAUUCUAGAGCUGAUGAGUACUGGCCACUUGUUAUGGACAUUGCACGGAGAAAUACACUUCCUAGAAUAUUGAGAUGCUGUCAAAUUAUGGGUCGCUCUGAACAAGAUGAAUUGACUGCUGCCCAAAUAUUGUACCCAUGCAUGCAGUGCGCAGACAUAUUUUUCCUCAAGGCUGAUAUCUGUCAAUUGGGAAUGGACCAGCGAAAAGUGAAUGUGCUUGCAAGAGAAUACUGUGAAGAUAUAAAGAGGAAAAACAAGCCUAUCAUUUUGUCUCAUCACAUGCUGCCUGGCUUGCAGGAGGGUCAAGAGAAGAUGUCCAAAAGUGAUCCGUCAUCCUCCAUUUUCAUGGAAGAUGAAGAGGCAGAUGUGAAUCUCAAAAUAAAGAAGGCUUUCUGCCCACCCAAGGUUGUAGAGAAAAAUCCGUGUCUAGAAUACAUCAAGUACAUCAUCUUUCCCUGGUUUAAUGAGUUCAAGGUGGAGCGAAGUCUAGAAAAUGGUGGUAACAAGACCUUCUCAACUUUUGAGGAACUUAUUAGUGACUAUGAAUUUGGUAGCUUGCAUCCUGCUGACCUUAAACCUGCUCUCGCAAAAGCGCUGAACAAGAUCCUGCAGCCUGUGCGUGAUCAUUUCAAGAAUGAUGUCAAGGCAAAGGAACUUCUUAAGAGGGUAAAGAGCUACAGAGUUACCAGGUAAUGGAAAUGGAAACAAGAUAUGCGUCUUCAAACCAUCCACUUUAGAGCGAAAAACUAGAUUUUAUAUUAUUACAGAUUAAAGACGUUUUGCUUGGUUAUUUGUCUUACAAUUUUGAAUGUUGUUCUAGACUUCUGGAUGUUUGCAAACUCCGAAUCCCAUCAUACCCAAAUUUAUCUAUUAAGGGUUCACAUUCCAAACAACAUAAAGGGCUACGUUUUUACUUAUAAAGUUG